UCGACGCUUCCAGGCGUCACGUACUCGCCGUACACUCCCGACGGUGGAUGCAAGACGGCGGCCGAGGUGUACUCGGAUUUGCAGCGGCUGGAGGGCCGGUACUCGUUGCUGAGGCUGUACGGGACCGAUUGCGAUCAGAUCAACCUGGUGAUUCCCGCGGCGCAGUCGAUCGGUGCCAAGCUGUUUCUGGGUGUCUUUGACCCCAAUCGCCUUAACGACGAGCUGGAUAUCCUAGUGCGCGGCUGGGAGCUCGUCGACACGGUCAGCAUCGGCAACGAGCUAGUCAACAACGGCCAGGCAUCACCGGAGCAGAUGCUAUCGGCGCUAUCAGCCGCGCGGGAGACGCUCCGGGCGGUGGGCUACACGGGGCCCGUGGUGACGGUCGACACGUUCAUCGCGGUGCAGCAGCACCCGGAGCUGUGCGACGCGAGCGACUACUGUGCCGUGAACAUCCACGCCUUCUUCGACGCGCGCACGCCCGCGGACCAGGCCGGCCGCUUCGUCGCUCGCCAGGUCGCCAACCUGCGCGAGGUGGUGGCAGACCCUACCCAGCGCAUCGUCGUCACCGAGUCGGGCUGGCCCUGGCAGGGCAACGCCAACGGCCUCGCCGUCCCCGGCGCGGACAACCAGCGCCAGGCUGUCGCGUCCCUCGUCGCCGACUACGGCGACCUGAACCCCGGCGGCCUGAUCUUGUUCACCGCCUUUGACGACCCGUGGAAGAAGGCGGAGCCCGAGACGUUCUAUGCUGAGCAGUUUUGGGGGCUGAAGGGCGGCGAU